AUGGGUAGCCCUUUAGGCCUCUCAAGUGAAUUUUACGUUAUAUCUAUGAGGAGUAGAAAGGUGGAAGUUCCAGCCUUCAACAUGAUGUACGGCGCUCCUUCUGUGGGCCAAGCGCCCCCCAUGUUACCAACAGGGGUCUACGGGUUCCCGGGAAUGAAUGGUGGUGGACCGACCCCCAACGGGGUGAGUUUUAGGGUACCUCCCUCAGGUGCUGCUAAUCCCACUUCUCCCACAUCUCCGACUCCCAAUGCCGUUGGAAGUCAACCGAUAGUAGGUCAGGCUCCCUAUUGGCAGGCAACUGCAGCUGAUCCGGCUCUUGUCGCUGCAUGGAAAGCUGCUGCAUCUGGAAAUUUGCCAGGUGGAGGUAUUCGACCUACUGUUUUCAACCCCCAGCAACAGACCUCUGGAAACAAUGGAACUGAUACAACGGAUAGUGGAGGUGGUGGUGGUGGAGGUGAUCUACUGAAACUCUUCACAAAUCCAUUUGCUGAUAAUGUCACUGGGUGUGCUCGAAUUCGCAUUGCCCUCACGAUCUCUGACUUGGCAAUUGCUGUCUUGGAUCGAAAGAAGUGUAACCUAGUUAUUGCUACAGCCUUUUGCUGUUGUUGUGCUUCAAUGGCUCAACACUCGCUGUACACGUCUACCGUGCCGAAAGAUGCGUGUUCAAUCCCCAACACUUUAUCCCUAGUAAGUAGAGCAGCCAAUCGCACUGGUCGGGGUGACAGAAUUCGGGUGACACCACUUUCUACUCAGAUUGAGAAAUGA